GGCCCCUUCUCCCAGUAUCCUCGGUCUGCCCCCAAAGCGGCCCGGACGGGGUUGCCCCAAGGCGCGGGGCGGUACUGGGGUUCUGAAAGGGCGAGGGUAGGGGCAAAGGUGGGCUGCCCGGCACUGGAGUCUGGAGCCUAGGGCUCCGGGAUUCCCCCCUGUGCUACCUUUGACAAGUCACUCCUCUCUGGGUCUCAGUUUCCCUGCUGUCAAAUGGGAGAGAUGGGUCCCUCCUUUCUUUGACAGUCCACGCACGGAAGGAUCUGAAAGGAGGCUGAGUGAGUGGGAUCCAGACUGCCGUAGCAGGCACCUGCUUACCUUCCUUGGCGUUAGGCGGCUGUCUAUUACCCAACUUAGCAAUCCUUUUUCUCAGCGACUUUCUUAGUGCAAGUCAAGACUCCAGCAUCUGACUAGAUAAACUGUCAGAAUCAGCAGAAAGAAAUACUGGCCCUGGGAAACCUUAAUCUCAUUCAAGUUAUUUCGUUCAGGGGCUCCCAGUGCGAAGUGAAUUUAGGCAUCUACUGCAAUGAGAGAUUCUAUGCUUUGUGCCUGCAGAACAGAACGCUUUGACCUCCGAUCUGUUUUAAAUCUAGUAGAUAAUCCAGGUGAGUAGGUGGUUUACAGACAUCGAAGGUAGAGUUUUUUGAAGAAUUGUACAGACUUAAAUGGAUGAUCUGAAAUGAUGCUGUGGUGUUGCCACAGGUCCUUGGCCCAUAUUUAAGGAGGAAUGCAGCUAGCUUGGAUAUCUGGAACUUUUUAGGCCCCUGUCUCGGAAUUCCUGGUUGCUGGCCUAAGGACCACUGUGGUGGUUCAAGAGCUGGUCAUCAGUGCAGGAUAGCCACACAGCAAGAUGUUUGCAAAACUGAAGAAGAAAAUUGCAGAAGAGACUGCUGUCACCCAGCGACCAGGAGGUGGUACUAGGAUCCCACGGUCGGUGAGCAAGGAAUCAGUCGCCUCUAUGGGAGCUGACUCGGGAGAUGACUUUGCUUCUGAUGGAAGCAGCUCCAGAGAAGAUCUUUCCUCUCAGCUUUUGAGAAGGAAUGAACAGAUACGGAAAUUAGAGGCCAGACUUUCUGACUAUGCUGAACAGGUCCGAAACUUGCAGAAGAUAAAAGAGAAGCUUGAAAUUGCGUUAGAAAAACACCAGGAUUCUUCCAUGCGGAAAUUUCAAGAGCAGAAUGAGACAUUCCAAGCCAACAGAGCCAAAAUGGCAGAAGGACUGGCUUUGGCAUUAGCCAGAAAGGACCAGGAAUGGUCAGAAAAAGUGGAUCAGCUCGAAAAGGAGAAAAGUUUUCUGACAGCUCAGUUACAGGAAAUGAAGAACCAGAGUUUGAAUCUUUUCCAAAGGAGAGAUGAAAUGGAUGAAUUAGAAGAGUUCCAACAGCAGGAACUAAGUAAAGUAAAACACAUGCUCUUAAAAAAAGAAGAAAGUCUGGGGAAAAUGGAGCAAGAGUUGGAGGCACGGACCAGAGAACUUAGUCACACCCAGGAGGAGUUAAGGGCCUCCACUCAGCUGUCAUCGGACUUGAGCCAAAAGCUAGAAGAACUGCAGAGACACUGCUCAACGCUGGAAGAGCAGAGAGAUCACGUGACAACUUCAAAAAUGGGUGCAGAAAAUAAGAUCACAGUCCUGGAGCAAAAGGAACAAGAGCUCCAAGCAUGCAUUCAGCAGCUUUCCACUGAUUUGCAAAAAGUCACUGCUGAAACUCAAGAGAAAGAAAAACUCAUCACCCAUUUACAGGAGAAAGUCACAUCCUUAGAGAGGAGACUGGAGCAGAACUUAUCAGGAGAAGAACAUGUGCAGGAACUUCUGAAAGAGAAAACAGUUGCCGAGCAGAAUUUGGAGGAUACCAGACAGCAGCUCUUGGCAGCCAGAAGCAGCCAGGCCAAGGCCAUUGACGUCCUGGAGACUCGGGUGAACGAUCUAGAGCAGAGCCUGCAGGCCUCUGAAGAGAAGCUGAAGCAGAGCGCUGGCGUUGUGGCAGCUCAGGAGGCUCAGAUUCAGGAGCUUGCCGCCGCGAACAAGGAGAGCAGCCGCGCACAGCAGCAGGCCCUCGCCCUGCGGCAGCAGUGCACAGAGCACCUCCGCGUGCUGGAGGCCCAGCUCGCUGCCCUGGAGCAAGCGCGUGCCGCCGACCAGGCGGCUGCGGAGCGCGAGGCGAGAGAGCUGGAGCAAGAAAAUACAGCCCUUAAAGAAAAGAAGAAUGAAUGCGAACUUUCUUUACAGCAUCACCAGCUUGAAUUAAAGAAGCUAAAGGAAGAAUGGAGCCAAAGAGAAAUUGUGAGCGUGGCAAUGGCUCAAGCUCUGGAGGAGGCACGGAAGCAGAGGGAAGAGUUCCAGCAACAGGCUGCUAACCUGACAGCCCUAGUAGACGAGAAGGAGCUGAGUGUGCGGGAAAAAGCCGAAGCGCUUCUGCAGAAAGAGCAGGAGAUUCUCCAGCUGAAGAAAGGUCACGACGCGGCCCUGCUGCACACGCACCAGCUGCAGACCGAGCUGGAGGCCCUGCGGAGCCGGAGGGCAGAGGAGCCCGAGGCGGCCGCCGUGCGGGAGGGCCUGCUGAGGCUGCCGGGCCGGGGGCAGGGGCUGGUGCUCUCUGACAGCGAGCCUCUCGCAGCCUCGAGGGCCAUGCAGGAUUCCACGUUCCGACUUACGGCUACGGAGGGAAUACCUAAUGGCGAGGUUGGGGCCACAGAUCUGGGGCGGCUACAGGAGGAAAAACAGGACUUGGAGCGGCAACUUCUAGAGAAAAACAAGACCAUAAAGCAGAUGCAGCAGAGGAUGCUGGAACUCAGAAAGACGCUGCAGAAGGAACUGAAAAUCAGGCCCGAUAGUGAGCUUUUUGAAGUCCGGGAGAAGCCCGGCCCUGAGAUGGCAAACAUGGCCCCUUCUGUCCCGAAUAACACUGACCUGACUGAUGCCCGCGAGAUCAACUAUGAGUACCUUAAACACGUGGUUUUAAAAUUCAUGUCCUGUCGGGAAUCUGAGGCUUUUCAUCUUAUAAAAGCUGUGUCAGUGCUGCUGAACUUUUCACAAGAGGAAGAGAACAUGCUCAAAGAAACUCUGGAGUACAAGGAGCCUUUCCCGUUCCAAACACAGAUGUCAUGGUUUGGGUCCAAGCCAGCUCCCAAGGGCAGCAUCCGGCCGUCUAUCUCCAACCCUCGGACACCGUGGUCCUAGAUGGAACUACCCAAGGACGGAGCUCUAUGGGCUGCCCCAUUUUCCGUGAAAAGAACACUGACACACCAGUCUGGGUGGGUUUUUAAUCACUGUCGCUGCAGUAUUUUGUACAAGUAUCUAAACAUUGUUUACAAGACUUAAGGCCCACUUCCCUGCAGACUGCUAUGAACCUCAGGAGGUAGCUAAUCCUGUCAUUCUGGUCACAAAUGGGAGGGUCCUGGCACUACCCACGUUUCCAGUGCUGCUGAAAUCCCAGCCCUGGCCAGCACCCAUCCGCACCUGAGUCCUCUGACUUUACUGUUAGCACGGAAAGCUGAAGCCGUCCGCAUCUGGCAGAGAGGAGGCGGCCGAUCCAUCACGUAGCAACGACUCUGGACGUAGCUUGCCCUUUGGAAUGAUGCCCAGCACGCCUGGCUCACCUGGUUCUGCCAGGGAGAGCCAACUCAGCAGAGGGGCUUUUAAAAAUUGUCCUUCUCUGUUAGCAUGUUGGGUGGGGUUCAGACGAGUUAGAAGAGGCUUUUUAAUCCUUCCUCUCAAAACAUUAUUUUACCUUGUUUCUCAAACCACCAUGAACUUUAGAUGUAUAAAUCUUUAAGAUGCUCUGGGACCAGUGUGGAUUAAUGAAUAUGCAGCUUUCUGUCAGUAUCUCAUUUUACUGAAGAAAACUAGCAAAUAUAUAAAAAGAUCCUUAGUACCAAAUAUACUCAAUUGCCUUUCUAAUGAAUGUACUUGUCCUGCAUAGGUAAACCACUUUUAACUAUUUUUUUAUAGCUCAAGUUCUUUGCUCUUAUAAACAUGUUUUCUGUUGUAAAAGCCAUUUAAUGGCGUUCUUAAAGGAAAAUCAGAGCAUCAAGAGAAAACUGUUUCUAACGUUGGGAUUCUUGCCCCUUUGUAAUUCGCUGGCAUCCUAUGGCAUCCGCUUCCCUCUGAAGCAGUGGUGGUAUUUCAUUCGCUCUGCUCUUAAUUCUGGGUUGUUAGCACUGAGCAAGCACUAAUCACAUGUUUUCUGUUAAGCACAGACCGCUGUAUUCAGAGAGGCAGCAGCUGUCCCUCCCUCAAGCCCUGACCAAAACAUUGGAGGUGGUCUGCCCUGUAUGUGGAGCCACCAGCUCUCCCUCACCCUACCCCCCAAAUAUUUAAGAUGACAGUACAUAUGUGGUGUCCAGAUAGCCCCCAACUGGCUGCAGGACUUGAUAGUAUACAGAUGGCUCUGGUAAUGACUGAUGAAAAGUUGUAUUCGUUAUUAAAGAAAAGGGAACGUGCUUGCCCUGGAUAACCACAAAAUCAAACAAAUCUAAAGGGAAACCGUUUAUUUAGUUUGAGGAAAGUUUCGCUGGUCAAAUAAAAAUAGCUGGAGCUCCUAACUCCGUUGUUAUCCCAUGAUGUAAAGUUCUGUUUCUCAAUUACACUUAGGGUUAAAAUAUCUCAGAAAAACAAGGCUCUUACGGAGUUAACCUGCUACAUUUUCACGGGCCUGAGUAGCAAGGGCAGCAUCACCCUCGUCCCACCUGGGCUCUGCCAUCCCAGUGACCCAUUCUUCAGUCUCCUCCCAUGACUCCUCCCUGCCAAUGUCUGUCCUGUUCAGAAUGCUAUUUUCCAUUUAUCUGGUGGGGACACAAAACAGGAGUCCCUUCUGUUCCGUUAUUUUGAUGAGGAAGAGGUAGCUUUACUACCUGUUCCAGAGUUCCGAAGGUCAGGCAGUUCAGGGCUUGCCACAGGCAGCUACAACACACCUGCAGGAGCCCGUUCAACUCUGGUGGCCUCACAGCCCCCCCCAACCCCGGGCAGGUGUAGGUGUGGCUGUGGGGCCCAUCACUCGGUCUGUACUUGCUUAGAGAGGAUGCAUUUUGAUUAGGCGUUCCUCCUGCAUGUUGAAUUUUUUUCAGCUUUAAGAGUGGAGUAACUUCAGAUUUAAUGCACUUUCACUUGUAUAAACAUUCUGUGAGAGACAGUAUAUGACCCUUUAUAUGAGCAUUGGAUCUGGAUCUCUCCCUCCAUGUUGUAAAUAGGGAUUAUAUUAUCUAAAAUUGCUGUAGAAAAAUUAUUUGUGGUGCAAUAUACUUUUUGAUUAAAGCUCUUCAAUCCAGAUGCAACUACAGUGGGUUUUACUGAUA